AAUUAUUUAGGCGGAAGAUCAACUAAGGAACAUAAGGAAAAAAAUCCAAUCAGUGCAAAAAAAAUAAUAACAUCUUCAGGACUUGAUAAUAUCUUUACAAACUGCAGUCUUGAUUCUCCUGAGUACUACAUUGAGGAGACAAUUGUUGAGGAGGGUGAACCAUAUGAGGUGGUCACUGAGAUCACUGACAUCACUGACAGCACUGGCACAGAAUUCACAGGUCCUACAACCAUCACCCGUACGAUUGAGUAUGAAAAAACUUCUGGUGAGGAUGCAGCAGCAACUCCAGUCAGAAAGAAGACGAUACGGACAAAAGUGGACUCUUCUAAGUUCUUGACACCUUAUCUGCAGCACAGUAAUAAAAUGAAGGACCUGUUCAGUGAGAACAAGUACAAAGAAAAAUUUAAUAAAGAAAGAGGAAAGCCAUAUGCUUCCACAAUUGAUACCCCAGAAAUUCGGAGAAUCAAGAAAGUGCAGGAUCAGCUCAGUGAGGUUAAAUACCGCAUGGCUGGUGAAGUUGCUCGAACUAUUUGCCACGUUGAUGAAAAGGCCUGGGAUAUAGAACAUGCAAAGAAGGUAUCUCAGCAAGUGAGCAAGGUUUUAUACAAACAGAACUGGGAGGAGAAUAAGGACAAGUACUUACUUCCCCCUGAUGCCCCAGAGCUUGUAAAUGCAAUAAAAAAUACAGCAAUGUUCAGUAAGAAACUCUAUACAGAAGACUGGGAAGGAGACAAAACAUUGUUCUAUCCGUACAAUGACAGUCCAGAACUCAGAAGGGUGGCACAGGCUCAAAAAGCUCUGAGUGAUAUUGUCUACAAAAAAGGGCACGAUGAACGAAAAUCCAAAUAUACUUCUCUGCCAGAUCCACCUGAUGUGGAACAGGCCAAGAAAGUGACAAGGCAGCUGAGUGAUGUUAUUUAUCAUGAAGACUAUAAAAACAAAAUCAAAGGCAAGUGGACUCAAACUCCAUGCUAUGAUGUUGCAAUUGCAAAAAUGAAUGCAGAAAAUAUAAGCAUGAAAAAGUACCAGGAAGACUUUGAAAAUGUGAAAGACCAAAUCUACUUUAUGCAGACUGAAACUCCAGAAUAUGAAGCUAAUAAGAGAGUUUCAGAGAAUGUCAGUAAGAUAAAAUACAGAGCAGACUACGAGAAGAACAAAGCCAUUGCAGAUUAUAAUGUGCUUCCUGCUACAGAGAACCCAUUGCUGAGGCAAUUAAAAACUGCAGGAGAUGUCCUGAGCGAUAAAUUAUACAAAGAAGCCUAUGAGCAAUCUAAAGGAACAAGCAUGAACUACUGUGAAACACCAAAGUUCCAGACUGACAGCGCUCUGAAGAAUUUUAGUGAUGUAAAAUACAAAGAUGCUUAUCAAAAGAACAUCUUGGGACACUAUUUGGGCAGUUUUGAGGACCCACAUCAGAUACACUGUAUGAAAGUCGAAGCUAUGAAGAGUGAUAAAAAUUACAAAGCGGAUUAUGAGGAAGAAAAGACAAAAUGCUACUUCCCUCAGACCAUAACUCAAGAAUAUGAAGCUAUUAAGAAGUUAGAGCAGUGUAAAGAUCACACCUACAAAAAGCAUCCUGAUCAGAUCAAAUUUACUCAAGUGACUGACUCUCCAGUACAGAAGCAAGCAGAGAUCAAUAGCAAGCAGCUGAGUGAUAAACUCUACAGAUCUUCCGGAGAAGAAGUUAUACAUAAAUACACUCUCCCCCCAGAUGUCCCACAGUUUAUCCAAGCUAGAUACAAUGCUGCAAAUGUCAGUGAUGCCUAUUAUAAACAGGACUACCACGAUCUAAUAGCUAAAGGGACCAAUGUGUCGCUUGAUGCUAUUCCAAUUACUCGAGCAAAAGCAUCAAGAAACAUUGCUAGUGAUUAUAAAUAUAAAGAAGCAUAUGAAAAGGCUAAAGGAAAACAGGUUGGUUUCAGAAGCCUGCAAGAUGACCCCAAGCUCGUUCACUACAUGCAUGUUGCAAAGAUUCAGUCCGAUCGUGAAUAUAAGAAGGACUACGAGAAGAGUAAGACUAACUAUCACACACCUCCUGACACAUUCAGUAUCCAGGCUGCAAAAAAGUCUCAGGAUGUAGCUUCCACUGCCCACUACAAAAAUCUGAUCCAUCACUACACUUAUCUGCCAGAUGCUAUGGAUGUUGAGCUUGCAAAGAACAUGAUGCAAAUUCAGAGCGAUAACGUAUACAAACAAGACUAUAACAGUUGGUUCAAGGGUAUUGGGUGGAGUCCUCUCGGCUCUCUGGAUGUGGAAAAAGCUAAAAAGGCUGGAGAUGCAUUAAAUGAGAAGAGGUACCGUCAGCACCCAGACACCAUCAAAUUUACAAGUGUGCCAGACUCAAUGACAAUGGUUUUAGCUCAGCACAACACCAAGCAACUGAGUGAUGUAGCAUAUAAGCAAGAGGGUGAAAAAGUAAAGCACAAAUACAAGCUUGAUCCUGAUGUUCCUCAGUUUAUUCAAGCAAGGGUCAAUGCCUUCAAUUUGAGUGAUGCUAACUACAAAGCAGACUGGAAAAAAACCAUUGCCAAAGGAUAUGAUCUGAAACCAGAUGCCAUUCCUAUUAUUGCUGCUAAAGCAUCUCGAAAUAUUGCAAGUGAUUACAAGUACAAGGAAUCAUACGAGAAAGAUAAAGGCAAGCACGUCGGAUACCGUAGCCUGCAGGAUGAUCCCAAACUUGUUCAUUACAUGCACGUGGCCAAACUGCAAUCGGAGCGUGAAUACAAGAAGGACUAUGAAGUGACCAAGACCAAAUAUCACACUCCCUUGGAUAUGUUCAGUGUGACGGCUGCCAAGAAAGCUCAGGAAGCUGUUACAAACACAGGCUAUAAACAGCCCAUUCACCAUUAUACUCUCUUGCCUGAUUCUGUGAAUCUGGAGCUAUCAAGAAACAUGAUGCAGCUUCAGAGUGAUAACGUGUAUAAAGCAGACUUCAAUAACUGGCUGAGAGGAGUUGGCUGGCUGCCAAUUCAAUCCUUGGAUGUAGAAAAGGCCAAAAAAGCUUCAGAUAUUCUCAGUGAAAAGAAAUAUCGCCAGCACCCCGACAAGCUGAAGUACUCUAUUCCACUGGAUGCAAUGGAGCAAGUGCUUGCUAAACAAAAUGCCAAGACUAUGAAUAAGAGGCUCUACACUGAUAAAUGGAACAAAGAGAAGACCAGCAUUCAUGUUAUGCCAGAUACUCCAGAAAUUCUGCAGUCUAGAGUGAACCAGAUCACAAUGAGUAAUAAACUCUACAAAGCUGGAUGGGAGGAAGAGAAGAAGAAAGGUUAUGACAUGCGUCCGGAUGCUAUUCCAAUAAAAGCAGCCAAAACUUCCCAGGACAUUGCAAGUGAUUAUAAAUACAAACUAGCCUAUGAACAAGCAAAAGGAAAGCAUAUUGGGUUCCGCAGCCUUGAAGACGACCCCAAGCUGGUGCACUUCAUGCAGGUGGCUAAGAUGCAAUCUGAUCGUGAAUACAAGAAAGAUUACGAGAAGGCAAAGACUAACUUCCAUACUCCAGUUGACAUGCUCAGCGUUGUGGCAGCCAAGAAAGCACAGGAAGUGGCUACAAAUGCAAACUACAAAAACUUGAUCCAUAUCUACAAUGUUUUACCUGAUGCUAUGAGUCUUGAAUUAGCCAAAAACAUGAUGCAGAUACAAAGUGAUAAUCAAUACAGAGCAGAUUAUGAUGAAAGUAUGAAGGGUGUUGGAUGGAUGCCACUGGGCUCUCUGGAGGCUGAGAAGAACAAGAAAGCCAUGGAAAUUCUUAGUGAAAAGAAAUACCGUCAGCACCCAGACAAGUUGAAGUAUUCUGUUCCUGUGGAUUCCAUGAAUAUGGCCUUAGCUUUACAUAAUGCUAAAAUCAUGGAUGAGCACCAAUACAAACAAGCAUGGGAAGAGGAUAAGAAGAAGGUUCACAUAACACCAGAUAUUCCGCAGUUUGCUUUAGCGAAAGCUAAUGCAUUUAACAUAAGUGAUAAAAUGUAUAGACAUUCUUUUGAAGAAGCCAGAAAGAAAGGGUACGAUCUCAGAUCUGAUGCUAUCCCUAUUAAAGCUGCCAAAGCUUCUAGGGACAUUGCUAGUGAUUAUAAAUACAAAUUAGGUUAUGAACAAGACAAGGGAAAGCUUGUAGGCUUCCGCAGCCUUCAGGAUGAUCCCAAACUCGUCCAUUAUAUGCAAGUGGCUAAGAUGCAGUCUGAUCGUGAAUACAAGAAGGCCUAUGAGGCAAGCAAGACUCACUACCAAACACCUUCUGAUGCACUCAGUAUCGUGGCAGCUAAGGAGGCACAAGAUCGUGUAACCAAUGCAAACUACAAACGACUGAUACACCACUAUAUGCUUCUGCCAGAUGCAAUGAGUUUUGAAUUGUGCAGGAACAUGAAUCAGAUACAAAGUAAUAAUGAAUACAAACAGGAUUACAAUGAAUGGUUCAGAGGUAUUGGUUGGAGUCCUGUUGGUUCUCUGGAUGUGGAGAAAUCUAAGAAAGCUACAGAAAUCGCAAGUGACCAGAAAUACCGACAGCAUCCCAGCACGUUUUCUUUUACAAAACAGACUGAUGCCAUGGAUAUGGUCCUUGCAAAGCACAAUGCAGAUAUAAUGAAUAAACAUGCUUAUACUCAAGCCUGGGAGAAGGAUAAAACUCAAGUUCACGUGAUGCCAGAUACUCCAGAUAUUCUACAGGCAAAACAGAACAUGGCGAACUACAGUCAGAAACAAUACAAGCUCGGCUGGGAGGAAAUGAUUAAGAAGGGCUAUGACCUCACACCUGAAGCCAUUUCAGUGAAAGCUGCCAAAGCUUCAAGGGACAUUGCAAGUGAUUACAAAUACAAAGAGGGUUACCGCAAGCAGCAGGGACAUCACAUUGGAUUCCGGAGCUUACAGGAUGAUCCGAAGAUGAUGUGGUCUAUGCAAGUAGCCAAGAUGCAGAGCGAGAGGGAGUAUAAGAAAGAUUUUGAGAAGUGGAAGACAAAGUUUAACAUGCCUGUGGAUAUGUUAGGUUUUCUUCUGGCUAAGAAAUGUCAGGAAUUGGUUAGUGAUGUAGACUACAAACACAUGCUACACCGCUGGACUUGUCUACCAGACCAAAAUGAUGUCACCCAAGCAAAGAGGGUCUACGAACUACAGAGUGAUAAUCUGUACAAGUCAGAUCUACAGUGGCUCAGAGGCAUUGGAUGGAGUCCUUUGGGAUCUUUGGAGUCUGAAAAGAACAAGAAAGCUUCUGAAAUACUAAGUGAAAAGAAGUACCGGCAGCACCCAGAUACUAUUAAGUUCACAAGUAUCCCAGAUGCCAUGAAUAUCACUUUAGCAAAAUCUAAUGCCAAAAACAGAAGUGAUAUACUAUAUAGAGAGGCUUGGGACAAGGACAAAACUCAGGUUCAUAUCAUGCCUGAUACACCUGAAAUUUUGUUGGCUAAAUCAAACUUAAUCAACACAAGUGAUAAACAUUACAAGCUAGGAUACGAAGAGCUGAGGAGGAAAGGCUAUGAUCUUCCUCCAGAUGCUAUACCCCUCAAGGCAGCGAAGGCAUCCAGAGACAUUGCCAGUGAAUAUCAGUACAAAACAGCCUACCGCAAGCAGCUUGGCCACCACAUUGGAGCCCGCAACAUAGAGGACGAUCCCAAGAUGAUGUGGUCGAUGCACGUGGCCAAGAUCCAGAGUGACAGGGAGUACAAGAAAGCCUUUGAGAAGACCAAGACGCACUUCAGCAGCCCCGUGGACAUGCUGGGAAUCGUGUUGGCCAAGAAAUGUCAGGAGCUGGUCAGCGAUGUUGAUUACAAGCAUCUUCUGCAUCGGUGGACCUGUCUGCCGGACCAGAACGAUGUUGUACAAGCCCGGAAAGUGUACGACCUUCAGAGUGAUAAUGUGUACAGGUCUGACCUGCAGUGGCUGAGAGGCAUUGGCUGGUCCCCACUUGGUUCCCUGGAUGAAGAGAAGAACAAGCGAGCGAGCAUGAUCCUGAGUGACAAGAAGUACCGACAGCACCCGGACACCAUCAAGUUCACGAGCCUUCCUGACUCCAUGCCUAUGGUUCUGGCAAAGCACAACUCUGACAUUAUGAACCAUCGCUCGUACAUAGCAGCCUGGGAGAAAGACAAGACCAACGUUCACAUUAUGCCGGAUACGCCUGGUAUUUUGCUGGCCCAGCAGAACCAAGUGAACUUCAGUGAGAAAAUGUACAGGCUGGCAAUGGAAGAAGACAAGAAGAAGGGCUAUGACAUGCGUGCAGAUGCCAUUCCCAUCAAGUCUGCUAAAGCUUCCAGGGACAUUGCCAGUGAUUACAAGUAUAAAGAAGGGUAUCGCAAGCAGCUUGGCCACCAC